AUGACUUCCAUCUACACACCAGAACAACAAAGGAUAUUAUUCUGGAGCACCAAAAUCCCGGCUAUCUUCUCAAUUGCAUGCUCUUCGGUGAUUGUGUAUCAUCUUGUCAACGUGGACAAGAAGAGUCGAUUACAAAAAGUCUAUUCCCAAUUAUGGUUUCUCAUCUCUGUGACAAACAUAUCGGUGGCCUUCUGUUCCAUAAUAUCUGGUUUGGCAGCUCCAGAAGAGACUGGGGUCUACGGAGCCUUUGGGAAUGAGACAAGCUGCAAAGCAAUGGGGGCUACCUUUAUGUUUCUAUUUGUCGUAUGCAUGGGAUACAAUGCCUCCUUGGCGGUGUACUACUGCAGUAGUAUUCGUACCAAUUGGACAGAACGACAGUUUUCCCACAGAAUAGGACCUUGGCUGCACAUUAUACCGUUUGUCUACGCCAUAAUCGGCGUCACCGUUGGUCUAACGACUCAGAUGUUUUCUACCCACGAUAUCUUCCUCUACUGCUGGGCGGCGCCCUCGCCAUUUGGCUGUCGAUACGAUGGAGACGAUGACGGCGGAGUAGCCUCUUGUGAGCAUGACAAUGCCCAUCGGGCUGCCUUUGUAUUUUUAGGAGGCUUGGUGGAAUUGAACGCAUUGACCACUGUGAAGGUCAUUGCCACCUUUACUCUCCAUUACACGGUGCUCCAGCAACAAAAGAAAAUGCAAGCCAGGUAUCAUGCCAACAAGACGGGCAAUACGAUUGCAAAAGAGACUGGCAUCCAGGCUCUCUUAUUUUUUCUUUCCUGUGUCCUUCCAUAUGGAUUGAUGAUAAUCUUGCGUGUCAUGGACCUUUACUUUUGGCAAGAGGAGAUUGUGAAAACAGCUGGCUUCUUCUGGUUUUCAGUCAUUGCACAGUUCAUGUUCCCUUUGCAAGGUGCAUUCAACAUGAUCUGCUAUUUUCGUCCAAAGAUUAAAGAGCGGCAACGGAGGGUCCAUUGCGAGCCUAUCUUCCACUCUUUCCUUUGUCUGAUGGGAGUCAAAUCAUUUGGAUCGUCCAAUAUUGGUACCUUUUCUUCCAAUCCAUAUGCCUCGAAAGCAUUGUCUGCGCACAGUAGUCGUCGCAAGCUUGCUGUUGAUCAACCUACUAGCAGUGAUAAGAGGGCGGGCGCUGAGAAAGAUCGGAACAUUGACGAUGCCAAAGAAUUGGAUUUGAGCACGAGACGAGAAAGCGUCGAAAAUCCUCAUGACAUGGCGUAUUUUGAUGUGGAGGAAUUGGAGAAGGCCUGUCGGAAUAGUUAUACCUUUGUUCUUGGGGAGGAUAUGAUUGGCGAUGCCAAGAAUGCCUUUGUAGCAAUGCAAAAUGAAGGACAACCUCAUCAGAAUAGCAAGAAGCAACAGGCUGCACUAGGGGCAUCAGAAGGAGAAGACAACCAUUCUUCGACUGCAGAGAUGGAGACGAGGUCUGCCGAUGAAACGUUUCUGAAGCGCGUCGAUUGGACUGGCGAGGUGCAAUAG